UGUUUCUUACCUCAGCGAUGCCUCUGCUGGAUGACCUGCGUAGCUGUCACACAGGUCUUUGGAUGCUUGAGUGAACAAAAGGAAAAUGUCUACGCUCAGCUGUCACCUCCUGAGGAGCAGAAGAAAGCUGAGCACAAGAUCUGUUGCAACAGGUGUAUAGAUGGAUCGUCAUGUAGACUUCCCCACCUGUCAGUACUUUAAUUAGUACCUUUAUUAACCUCGCUGUCCCCAUUCUUUCUCAAACAACAGCAGACCGAAUAGAAACCCUGCUAUGCAUUAACCCUAAGAGAAAAUGAUAAAACUGAAUCUGUUUGAUUGAAACUGUGCUUGACUGACAUACAAAGAUGUGGGAUGUAGGUUUUCUGGUCAUUUUCUCACGUUUUCUAACAACCUGAGGAAUGUCCAAUUCUUUGUGUUAAAUGUAAAAACCUUCAUAUGCAGAAUUGAAAUAAUCUGUAUGGUAAAAAUGCACUGUUGUAGCAUCAAACACAGGUGAUUCAUAGUGUUGUGGGCAGGCUGAGACUGUCUGAAAUUCCACACUAAUAUAGUAUUUAGUAUGCUUCAAUAAUGAGAGUUUUACCCUUAGUAUGUGUAUAUAAUUGCAGUGUGUAGCAGUACUUUAAAUGCAUACUAUUUCCAGGUAAAUAUUAGAGUAUGUGGCACUGGAUACUACACUGGCGUAUAAAUCUAUAAAAGCAGUGCAGCAGUAACAGGUUUUAAGAGGCACAGCUGGCAGCUCAAUCUUUAUGGUAAAUCUUUAUAGUGUUUAAAAAUAAGGUGCCAAUUUGUUAAUGAUUGCUUGGUCUCGCACAGGCUGUUGGAUAACCAUUAACACGUGUUACUCUGUAAGUGACAUAAACAGUAGUAAAAAUAUUGAGUAUAUAGUGCAUGGUUUGGGAUUUCAGACAAUGUGAAUGCUGUUUCUCUCUAGGCCUAAAUUUGUCUGAGUUCACUGUGAAUGAAGCGAAUCUGUGAAUGAAAUUGAGCCUUCCAGUCAAUGAAACUGUCUCGUCUUUGGGUAGAAGUCGUCCUCUGUGCGUCAUAAAAGCGUCAUCCUCCGCCUUCCGCUUUAUCAGCUCCCAUCUGUCAGGCUUCCUCUGACCCUGUUGCCAAAUAAUUUCAUCAGCUGCUAAAAUUGACAAUGAAAAUUUUCAACUAAGUGUAGCUUAGUCGUCGUCAGUCCCCUGGAUGUAAAUUUUUUAAGCAUCUGUUUGCAUGUGCAGAUUUGUUUGCAGCUACUCUGCUGUUAAUGAGAUAAGCGACUGUUGCGUCCUCAGCUAAUCCAAUUUGGAGACCUGCAAGGUCAUCAGUCAAAUCCACAUAAGAGCAGAGCGCUGCGGAGCGGAGGUGUCUACAGGUACACAAGCUGAAGUGCUGGCAGCAGAGCAUUAAAUGGAUCCUUUGCUUUACAGCUUUGACAAAUGAUAUCAUCAGCCCAUUGUGUCUACAGGAGAACGCACAAAGAUUACAGUCUCCAAUAAAAGCCUCACUUCUGCUGCUGAAUAUUUAUCCCAAACAAAGAGUCGCACCUUCAUGCUGAUAUUGCCUUAAAUACUCGGAAAAGUCUACCUGAUAAAUCAAGCGACAUCUACAAACGCCGCAAAUGGAUUCCUUAAUGUCACUGGGUGCUCCCCUGAAGCAGUUCACCAGCUGUGUGUCGGGGAAAAGAACUGCCAAGAGGGGCGCCGGGAGGAGCCAGUCUGUCCGCAGAAGCAGCUUCACCCGCAGGAGGAGCUUCAGCAGGAGGAGAAGCGUUCCCUGCAACAGCCAAAAAGUGCCAGACUCCUGGCUCAGAGCUUACCAGGAUGAACUGAAGAGGGAAAGGAAACGUCAGCAAGCCAUGCUGGCCAAGAAGAACGCUGAAAGGACUGUCAGGAAAACUCACUUCAGGAGCCAUCACUGCCUCCCACGGCAGAGCAACGCUUCCGGGAGGAAACCGACCCCGGCCAAGGACGACUCCUUCUUUGGAGCCUUUCAGGGCCUCAGUCUGGAUGGAUUGAUGGGGGCUACUAAUGCAUCCCCUGCUGUGAUGGCACCUGGUGCAGGUGCAGGAGAUCAGUGCAAAGUCAUGUGAGAUGGGACGCGUAAAGACGUUUAGAUUUUUUUCAAUGAGCCACAUGCUUUUGCAGAUUUUUCUGCAAAUGAGACUGGAUAGAGAAAAUGAGACUGGCUCUCACCAUGUAACCCAGGAGGACGGGAAACAUAUUUAUAUUACUCUGUAUUUUCUGAAGUAUUCUUUUUCCUCUGGCAGACAAUGCUGCUUCUUAUUUUGAUGUUUGUUUUACAAAUUAUAGACUGUAGCUAUCGCCAUUGUUUCAUGGUGUUUGCUGAGCACAACUGCAAAAAGUUUUAAAACUGAAUUAUUAAACUUAUUUUAUUUUCCCACU